UAUAUCCACGAGGUGUGCAUCACGAACACGGCCAAGGCUGCCGGAGAUGGAGACGGAGACGGAGAAGGGAUUGACAUUGUGCUAGUGCACGGGUAUGCGGCGGCGUUGGGGUUUUUCUACACAAACCUGGAAGGGUUGUCGUCGAUUCCGGGUUGCCGGCUCCAUGCGAUCGACAUGCUAGGGUUCGGCUGCUCCGGACGGCCGUCGUUCCCAGCACCGGCAGAUGGAACGACGCCGAUGAGAAAGGUUUUGAACGCAGAGGCAUUUUUCGUGGACUCGUUUGAGAGAUGGCGGCUGAAGCGGGGGAUCAAGAAGUGCCACGUCAUAGCGCAUUCGUUGGGCGGAUACCUGAUGUCGUGCUACUACUUGAAGUACGGCCGGGAUGUGGUGGAGAAGCUAGUGUUGGUGUCGCCCGUCGGGGUCGAGGACAAUGACCUGUCUGCGUACAACCGGUUCAAGGACAGGGACGGUAGCGAGGACGGCGACGAGGAAGGUGCAGGACAGCUCGACGACGGGGACUCUGCAGCCGCCGGCGACGACGAUGGCGACGGCAACGACCGCCAGAGCAUCGACCGAGAGUACCGUGAGCUCAUGCGGCAGAUCAAAACCCGUGUCAGGCCCGGCAAGCUGCUCACCCGUCUGUGGGAGUGGAACUACACGCCGAUCGACAUCGUGCGCUGGUUUGGGCCCUUUGCCGGCAAAGUCGUCGCCAUCUGGGUCUACAACCGGUUUGCACGGGUCGGUGACGCCCAGCAGCUGUGGGACAUCUGCAUGUACACAACCAGAAUGUUUCUCGAGCCCGGCUCCGGCGAGUACUGUCUCGGGCCCAUUCUUGCCCCAGGCUCGCUCGGGCGUCUUCCGCUCUCCUGCAGGCUUCCGAACCAGCUCCGAGUGCCUGUCUUGCUUCUCUACGGCGAGUUAGACUGGAUGGACAAGACCGCCGGCUACGCUCUCUGCAAGGCCAUCAACUCCACUGGCGGCACGGCCAAGUUUCGGGUCGUCCCGCACGCCGGUCACCACCUGUACGUCGACAACCGAGCCGAGUUCGAGCGCCAGGUGCUCACCUUC